AUGAUUUCGGAUAACAGAAUUGCUGUAAUCGGGGUCGAUUUAGUCGAAACGAAAUACCUUGGUAGCGGGCCGACAACUGAGAGUGAAGUGCAAAUUAGCUGUUCAAAAUGGACCUUUAUGGCACCGAUGUCUAUAAAAAUUCUUUUGCUUGUACGUCUUGUAAAGAUUUUACCGAAGAAGUCUGGUAAGAGUGCUUUGUGA